CAAUAUGGCGGAGUACGACUUGACUACCAAAAUUGCUCACUUUUUGGAUAGACAUCUCGUUUUUCCACUGUUGGAAUUCCUUUCUGUUAAAGAGAUCUACAAUGAAACGGAACUUCUUCAUGGGAAGCUGGAUCUCCUCAGUGACACCAACAUGGUCGACUUUGCCAUGGAUGUAUACAAGAACCUGUUUCCUGACAAGGAAAUACCACAAUCACUGCGAGAGAAAAGGACUGAGGUUGUUGCUCAGCUGAAGCAGCUGCAGGCUGAAACCGAGCCCAUUGUCAAGAUGUUUGAGGACCCUGAGACCACCAGACAGAUGCAGUCAACAAGGGAUGGGCGUAUGCUCUUCGACUAUCUGGCUGAGAAACACAAUUUCCGCCAGGAGUACUUGGACACUCUCUACAGAUAUGCCAAGUUCCAGUACGAGUGUGGGAACUACUCCGGGGCUGCAGAGUACCUCUACUUCUUCCGUGUCUUGGUCCCUGCCACGGAUAAGAAUGCUCUGAACUCCUUGUGGGGGAAGCUGGCCUCGGAGAUCCUGAUGCAGAACUGGGAGGCUGCCAUGGAGGACCUCACCCGCCUGAGGGAGACUAUCGAUAACAACUCGGUGAGCUCUCCUCUCCAGUCUCUUCAGCAGAGGACAUGGCUGAUCCAUUGGUCACUGUUUGUCUUCUUUAACCACCCCAAAGGCAGAGACAACAUCAUCGAGCUUUUCCUCUACCAGCCACAGUACCUCAACGCCAUUCAGACCAUGUGCCCUCACAUCCUCCGGUACCUCACCACGGCUGUCAUCACCAAUAAGGAUGUGCGCAAGCGUCGACAGGUCCUGAAAGACCUGGUCAAGGUCAUACAGCAGGAGUCUUACACCUACAAAGACCCCAUCACAGAGUUUGUGGAGUGUCUCUACGUGAACUUCGACUUUGACAGCGCUCAGAAGAAGCUGAGAGAGUGCGAGUCGGUCCUUGUGAAUGAUUUCUUCCUGGUGGCUUGUCUUGAGGACUUCAUAGAGAAUGCACGGCUGUUCAUUUUCGAGACCUUCUGCAGAAUCCACCAGUGCAUCAGUAUCAGUAUGCUGGCAGACAAGCUGAACAUGACACCUGAGGAGGCGGAGAGAUGGAUUGUCAACCUUAUUCGUAAUGCCAGACUGGAUGCGAAAAUUGACUCCAAACUGGGCCAUGUGGUGAUGGGCAACAACGCUGUGUCACCAUACCAGCAGGUGAUUGAGAAGACCAAGAGCCUGUCAUUCCGCAGCCAGAUGCUGGCCAUGAAUAUCGAGAAGAAGCAAAGCCAUAACAACAGGAAUGAGACGCCAAAUUGGGCAGCUCAGGAGACUGGCUUUUAUUGAAAAAAGAACGGAGGAUCACGCAAACGACCUUUUUAUUCCCAUUACUAUGCAGCAACGCACCAGUCUCAUCCAGCUACAGUACAUCCUGUUUUUCCUUAUUGUCCUUCAAAGGACAGUUAGGGUAUUUUUUUUUUUUUAUUUACACGUGGUUCAAGUCAUCUGGUGUUCAAUAAAAAAAGCAUUUUCACCCUA